AUGGCCCGAACCGGGCCGCACAUUGAGGCGGGCCGGCCCGGCCCGCCCCUAAAUGGGCGGGCCAAAAGCGGGCCGGCUCCAGCCCGCCCUGGGUCGACGGCCCAAAUUAGAGGCAGCGGGUUGCCGGGCGCCGAAAGGGAGCGGGGCGGCGGCCUGGAGGCGGGUUGCGGGGCGGCGGCCGGGCGGCGGGUUGCGGGGCGGCGGCCGGGCGGCGGGUUGCCGGGCGGCGGCCGGGCGGCGGAUUGCGGGGCGGCGGCGGGCCGGGCGGCGGAUUUGCCGGGCGGCGGCGGGCCGGGCGGCGGAUGGCCGGGCGGCGGCGGGCCGGGCGGCGGAUGGCCGGGCGGCGGCGGGCCGGGCGGCGGAUGGCCGGGCGGCGGCGGGCCGGGCGGCGGAUGGCCGGGCGGCGGCGGGCCGGGCGGCGGAUGGCCGGGCGGCGGCGGGCCGGGCGGCGGAUGGCCGGGCGGCGGCGGGCCGGGCGGCGGCUGGCCGGGCGGCGGCGGGCCGGGCGGCGGAUGGCCGGGCGGCGGCGGGCCGGGCGGCGGAUGGCCGGGCGUCGGCGGGCCGGGCGGCGGAUGGCCGGGCGGCGGCGGGCCGGGCGGCGGAUGGCCGGGCGGCGGCGGGCCGGGCGGCGGAUGGCCGGGCGGCGGCGGGCCGGGCGGCGGAUGGCCGGGCGGCGGCGGGCCGGGCGGCGGCUGGCCGGGCGGCGGCGGGCCGGGCGGCGGAUGGCCGGGCGGCGGCGGGCCGGGCGGCGGAUGGCCGGGCGUCGGCGGGCCGGGCGGCGGAUGGCCGGGCGGCGGCGGGCCGGGCGGCGGAUGGCCGGGCGGCGGCGGGCCGGGCGGCGGAUGGCCGGGCGGCGGCGGGCCGGGCGGCGGAUGGCCGGGCGGCGGCGGGCCGGGCGGCGGCUGGCCGGGCGGCGGCGGGCCGGGCGGCGGCUGGCCGGGCGGCGGCGGGCCGGGCGGCGGCUGGCCGGGCGGCGGCGGGCCGGGCGGCGGCUGGCCGGGCGGCGGCGGGCCGGGCGGCGGCGGGCCGGGCGGCGGCUGGCCGGGCGGCGGCGGGCCGGGCGGCGGCUGGCCGGGCGGCGGCGGGCCGGGCGGCGGCGGGCCGGGCGGCGGCUGGCCGGGCGGCGGCGGGCCGGGCGGCGGCUGGCCGGGCGACGGCGGGCCGGGCGGCGGCGGGCCGGGCGGCGGCGGGCCGGGCGGCGGCGGGCCGGGCGGCGGCUGGCCGGGCGGCGGCGGGCCGGGCGGCGGCUGGCCGGGCGGCGGCGGGCCGGGCGGCGGCUGGCCGGGCGGCGGCGGGCCGGGCGGCGGCGGCCGGGCGGCGGCGGGCCGGGCGGCGGCGGGCCGGACGGCGGCUGGCCGGGCGGCGGCGGGCCGGGCGGCGGCUGGCCGGGCGGCGGCGGGCCGGGCGGCGGCUGGCCGGGCGGCGGCGGGCCGGGCGGCGGAUGGCCGGGCGGCGGCGGGCCGGGCGGCGGAUGGCCGGGCGGCGGCGGGCCGGGCGGCGGAUGGCCGGGCGGCGGAUGGCCGGGCGGCGGAUGGCCGGGCCGCCGCCAGGCGAUCCGGAUUGCCGGGCCGCCGCCAGGCGAUCCGGAUUGCCGGGCCGCCGCGAGGCGGCAGAUUCCCGGGGCGCCGCCAGGCGAUCCGGAUUGCCGGGCCGCCGCCAGGCGAUCCGGAUUGCCGGGCCGCCGCGAGGCGGCGGAUUCCCGGGGCGCCGCGAGGCGGCGGAUUCCCGGGCGCCGCCAGGCGGCGGAUUGCCGGGCGCCGCCAGGCGGCGGAUUGCCGGGCGCCGACAGGCAGGGGAUUGCCGGACGCUGACACGCAAUGGAUUGCUGGGCGCUGA